AUGUCCACCGGCCAACUUUCAGCGGAUGCGGUGAAAUACCUUGAGGAGAAGCGUGUCACUUACCUGCUGGAGGAACUCUUUCACGAUGUGCUGCGGAACCUUCCCGAAAACCCCUUAGAGUUCCUUCUUAAAGCGCUGGAACGUAAAACCACAUUGCAUCUCAUAAUUGUGGGCCCUCCGGGCAGUGGCAAACAGACGCAGGCCCGUCGCAUCGCAAAGAGGUAUGAUGCGGUACAUGUUCGCGCACAGGAUAUUUUCCUCAACGAAGUAAAGAGACGCACACCCGAGGGAGAAAUCAUAGAGCGCUGCAUGCGAGAUGGCGAGCAGGUGCCCUCACAUAUUUCCUCAGAACUUGUCAUUAGACGGCUUCGCGAGGAUGAUGUUGUCAAAAGGGGGUGGGUGCUUGACGGAUUCCCGCAAACGCGCUCACAGGCACUGCGUCUUCAGACAGCGGGACUUUCACCUCUUCUUUUCAUUAUGCUCGAUGUUGGGAACGAGGUGUCGGUAAAACGCUGCGCAGGCCGGCGGUACGAACCCAUAACGCGGAAUAUUUAUCAUAUCGAGUAUUUGCCGGCACCAAGCGGCAUGCAUUUGGAGCUCAUGUCUCCCGAUGACGAAUCGAGGGCUGCUGUGGCGAGCAGGUGGAAAUACUUCGAUGCUAGGCGGGGUGAACUCGUUGGUUGUUAUGAACCAAUGUACGUUCGCAUCGAUGGUGACCGACCAUUUGACACUGUAUUCGCUGAGGUAUGCGAGCAGGUGGACUCGAGGUUUGUUUCAGUGUAA